AUGAUCCUUGGCGUUGGGGUGGUUGCUGAAACGGACGGUCUUGAGGCCUCUCUCACCCACAAGGGACUCUACGGAAUCGACGAGUCCGAGAUGCUUCGCGGCUUCGAGGUUGCUAUGACACGAAACGGUAACAUCUUCAUGGGCAUGGAGCCUCCCUGUCUCAGCGCCAGCAUCACGGCCGCAACGGAAGACAACUUGGACCUUUACUGGUACCGCGACGCGCGCUUGUGCCAUGUGCGAGCGGCCAUUGAAGAAGCUGCGGGAAAUCAGAAAUCGAGCAAUGGCCCCGGUGGUGGUGGUGAGAGCUUUGCUGAGAGUAUCCAGAGCGUGUUGAAGAGCGACGGUUACUUUGCCGCCAUUCAGGCUAUUGCGAGACAUAUUGCGAAACGUAUGUCCAUCAUCUUGAUGAUCGACGUUGAUGGUAUUGAGCUUGAUGGGCCUUCAAUUGCCACUUAUGGACUGGACAGCAUGAUUGGUGCUGAGAUGAGAACUUGGCUAUUCAAGGAGUUUGGUUUGAAUUAUCCUUUUCAGCAGUUAUUGUCGCCGACGUUGAGCUUUACGAAACUUGCGGAUGUUGUUGCAGAGAGACUAUUGGCAUUGAGAUUAACGGGGUCGCACAUGAAAUUGGCUCAUAUGUUACUAGCGUGA